CUGUCUGGAGCAAGCGGAGGAACGCAAACUCUUUACUGCGGUUCGGAUCAGAAGAACAAGACAAACAUUACACCCAAGCGAUUUGCUCCUCAUCUCCCCCUCCCUCCUCCCUUCCUUCCCUCGUCGCACCCCAACCCUGUUGUUUUAUCGACUGCAAACUGCUCCGCCUGGCUGGUGGGGUGCAUUUACGCCAUCCUGACAAACACCUCAUUGUUGAUGGACUUUCCAAAUGUUCGAGGCCUGCAGACACCGAGCAUUGGAGUCUUGCAAAAGUUCAGGGGAGCAAACACUGUGAUGACUGUACAGCUUUGCAAAAACGUGACAAAAAUCAGUCCAUCAAACAGUGAUUCUGGAGCAGUUUCUUCUCUAAUUUCUGAAGGAUUUUAAAAAUAAUUUACAUAUAUGUUCUCUGUGGUUCGUACGCUGGCCUGAGCACCCGAAAAAGCUGUACAGGUUAUUAAGCUGCAAAAUCCUAGUCAGCCACCGACAGAGGACUUUCCAUGAUCGUCUCCUGCAGGAAGUGACGUCGAAAAACCAAUAGACCAGCAACUGACUAAAAUCAAAACCCGUCAGUAAACACUCGGUUCUGGUCCACAGACUACACAGCCGUGCCGAUAGCUCAGCACCAUGGCAACUACAUCACCACUCAUUUGUACGAGAGUGCUCAUUGUUUUCUCCUGCCUAUUAUUCAUGAGUAGAUGUUCAGGAACCACCAAAGAACCCUCGUCAGCAGACGAUCGAAGAAAGUCUCAACAUUGCCUGUUCGGAGGCAAAACGUACCCUCAGGGUCACAAAUUCCAGCCUUAUCCGUGCACGACUUGUCGAUGCCAUCGCGGUCACGUGACGUGCGCAGUGGAGGACUGUCAAGAGGAGCUCAACUGCUUGCGUCAUGCGAACGAGACGUCACCACGAGCGGAGUCGUGUUGCUCCACGUGCCUGGAGUACGGAUGCCGUCACACGGACGGGGUGCUGUACCGGCCUGGGGAGGUCAUCUCGCAGGACGACUGUUCUCGCUGCUACUGUCCUCAAGAGGGUGGGCAGAGCACGUGUGAUGUCACACACUCCUGCCCGCCAACGUUGUGUGUGGACUUUGAAAUUCGACCUGGACAGUGCUGUCCGAGAUGUCCUCGGGGCUCCAACUGUCAACAUCAGUUAUACAUCAUUGCACGUGGGGAUGUUCUGGACAUUGAUGACCUCUCCUGUCGGUGUCGUCUGAAACGACGGGGAAGCAAUUUCAAACUGGAAGCUAAGUGUAUGCCCAGGUCUUUAUAAAUCGGAGAAGGGCUUGGAAACAUUGCGAAGAC